UGGUUACCAAUUAACUAACGUCAAUGAACAUUUGCAAACGUGAUGUUUUAAAACAUUACUCUUAUAUUGUGCCCGCAGGCAGAAAGUUCACGACUCGCUAAUAUAUAAACGCGGAAAAAUCGCCUCCAUGCAGCAAGUAUGUUUCAUCCACUCCUUUCUGUCGUGCAAUUCCUGCUCCUGUUGUUCGCCAGAUGCGGAUGCAAUGAAAUACCGAUCAUCGUCGUGGGCGACGAGUCUUCUGAAGAAAUUCCCGACAGUGAAGCAGAGUACGCGGCUUGGGAAACAUGCCACACAGAACACAGCUCGGGCACUGCAUGUCGAGGUGCCGUAAGCAAAACUAUGUUCUACCACGAACCUCGCACCAAGAAAUGCACACCGUUCACUUUCCUUGGAUGUGGUGGAAACGACAACAAGUUCGACACACGUCUCCAAUGUAAAAUAUUCUGUAAAGUGAGACCCAGGGGCCGUUGCGGAGAAGAGAAGAAAGAAGGAAGCUGCAAGGCAAUAAUCCCCAGAUAUUACUUCGACUGGAAAACAUGGCAGUGUCUCAGCUUUGACUUCGGAGGAUGUGAAGGCAACAAAAACAAUUUCCUAACACAAGAACAAUGCCAGAGAAGAUGCAAACGUCAACGAACGAACGGUUCGGUCAACCAACGAGAUCAACGAAAGCCGGCAGCGGCAUUCCAGCCCCGACUCGCUUCUUCUUCGCCCUGUCUCGUCUCCCAUUCACUACAAAUAAAACAUACAGCUAUCGGGAAGCAUCGCCAAGAUCUUUUUAUUUAA